GCUGCCUUCGCGGGGCGAGGAGGGAGAGGCCGACCCAGGCUAAUCUAACACCUGCCCGGGCUGUAACGGGGUGCAGAUUCUUCAGCCUUGAGAUUAGAAUCGGGAGGAAACGGAAGGGAACGUGACUAAGGUUGAAAUAGGUCAGCAAGGAUGGGACCGCCACCUGAUAUAAUAAGAAAGGUUAAAUAAGUUCACCCAGAAAAUCGUGAAAGAACCAGCUUUUACAGAGCUGGAGAAGACCAAUUAUCCUCUCCAGGGAUCUGAUCCUAAUGGUCUCUAAUUCGUUACAGCCAAUUUGGGAAGAGAGGUUAUUUUCUUCGGAGAAAGCCAUUCAUAAGGACUAUGCUCUCCCUAACCCCAGCUGGAGUAAAGAUCUAAGACUUCUUUUUGACCAGUUCAUGAGGAAAUGUGAAGAUGGCUCCUGGAAACGUUUGCCUUCAUACAAACAAAACCCUUCUCAAGUCUUUCGAGAGUUCCAAACCCGUUUUGUUGACCCCAGUUUAAAGAAAGAAGAACAAAUGUCAAAGGCCCAACAGUUCACCAGAAGCUUUGAGGAGGGGCUGGGCUUUGAGUAUGUGAUGUUCUAUAGUAACGCUGAGAAGAGGAUAGUCUGUUUCUUUCAAGGAGGCCUGCACCUGCAAGGUGUACCUGGAUUUCUUCAUGGAGGUGCCAUUGCAACCAUCAUUGACGUUACUGCUGGCAUGUGCGCAAUUGCGGAGGGAAUUGUCAUGACUGCCAACCUAAACAUCAACUAUAAAAAACCCAUCCCCCUUUGUUCUGUUGUGGUGUUAAAUAGCCAGCUUGAUAAAGUUGAAGGAAGGAAAGUUUUCAUUUCCUGUACUGUUCAAAGUAUUGAUGAGAAGACUGUACACACAGAGGCAACAGGAACCUGCUUUGGCAGAGCCAGUAACAGCCUGGUCCAAGACCUUGGGAGCUUUCCACUGAGGCCUUGAGCUAGGAGUGGGCUGGAAGGUGGUGCCAAUAGAUGGUGAUGUUCACAUGUCUAUCCCGGAGUGCAUCAUCUUCCGCCCUCAAAAUGGUGUCAAAAGUCCUGUAUAACAUGGAGUUUGUCAGGGCAGAGCACAGUAAAAAGGAGUUGUAUACAAUGGGGAGUAACCUAGCGCUCAAGUGGCAGGAAUAGCCUGCCCUCACUAGAGGACUGGCACAAGCAAUUUCAUCAGUGCUGGCCUGAGAUAGUCUCCCCCUGUGAAGCCCAAGCUGGGCUGAAAGUCAUGACCCUCCUGCCUCAGCUCCCCAAGUGCUGUACAGAAACAUUGCCAUGCCCAGGAUGACUUCAUUUGGACAACUGCCUGCCCUAUGUCUCUGAAGACAUUGUUGAUUCACCAUCACUUGCCAGGUUGAGAUCCAUCAUACUUGGUCUGAUCAUAACCCAUAAUAUGUGGGUAAGUGAUAUAUGUCAAGGACCUACUGUCAAUAAAACAAUUUGUAACCAGUUUUAAGUAACAGGGUUUAGAAGAAGUGGAUAUUUAUCUGUUCAUUUAUUGAAACACAGUCUCUUACAUAGUCUGGCUGUCCUGGAACUCACUCAGGAGACCAGGCUGGCCUCAUAGUCACAGAACAAGCUCCAGGACAGCCAGGGCUACAUGGAGAAACCCUGUCUCAAAAAGUGAAAAACAAACAAACAAACAAAAUCAGGCACACCCUGGAGUUGAUUCUGGAGUUGAUUCUUGCAUUUUCCUUUUAUCUAUCCUAUGUAUGAAAUCCAAGCAUCUGAAAACGACUGCGCAGGUCAUUUUGUUAAAGGUUUCAUUUCUGCAGAAUAUUAGUGGACAACAUUUCCUUAGGAAGCUUUCCAAAAACAGCCAUCAACUGGGUUUGGUGAUCCCCUCCUUUAAUCCCAGGACUUGGGAAGCAGAGGCAGGAGAAUUUCUGCAUUUUUGGCUAGCCUGGCAUACAUUUCAAGUUUCAGCAUAGCCAGACUUGUGUAGUGAGACCUUGUCUAAAAACAAACAAAAAGCCCAAUACUGCUAUAGAAUGUUAGUAGACAAUAAAUCACAAAGUUUUACAAAAACACAACCAACAAAAACAAAUGUUUAAAGAAAACUAGCUUGAAAAUUCACUACUAAUUUACAAAUAUAUUUUCUAUUUUAAGUUUUAUCUUUAUUUUAAUGUAUGCGUGUGUAUAUAUACAAAGCAUGAGUGUAACAGAGCGCUGGAGUUGCAAGUGAUUGUGAGCCACCCAAUAAAGGUGCUGAGAGUGAAACCCAGGACCUCUGGAAGAGCAGACCUCACUCAAAACCACUGAGCCGUCUCUGUGGCUUCUACAGAUUCUUAAGUGAUGAGUACUUCUUAGUUACUAGGAUGGAUUGCUCAGACUGCACAGUGUUGAUGUUACCAGGUAUUUCAGACACUUUGUAAUGGGCUUCUCGGACAGGGACGCAAACACUGAGGCUUCUUUUCCAAGAUGCAGUUCCUUAUGACCUCACACAGACUCAGCAGAGUAAUAAUCCAAAGUCCUAGCAGAGUGCCAACAGCAGGAGGCCCCUUUUUCAGUUUCCAUAUUUGGUAUCCUAAGUUGCUUAUUUAUGUGUAGGGUAGGUUCUUUGUUCUGGUUCUUUUUAUAUUAUAUGUACAUACCUGGUAUUCUCAGAGCCAAGAAGAGGAGCCUGAUCCCCUGGAACUGGAGUCACAGAUGGCUUUAAGCAGCCACAUGGGUUCUGGGCUUCCAAACUGGGUCCUCUGGAAGAGCAGCCAGUGCUCUUAACUGCUGACUCAUCUCUCCAGAUCCUGACUGGGUGUUUUCAAAUAGGGCUGUAAUACUAAAAGCAUCUGGAAUGUGAGGACAGAGACUUGCCGGGGAGAUGUGGCAAAGUGGCAAGCCCUUGACAGACCCUGCGUAGACCACACUGCUGGUUACCUCCCUCUUCUCAGCCUCAGGAGCACUCACCACACUUUGUCCCCAUAAACGAAACUCCUGAAAAGGGGCUGUGUCUGCAGAGACUGACUGACUGAUUAUAAUUCCAGCACUGUGGAGAGGUUGGAAUGUUGCAGGUCCAAAGGCCAGCUGCUUUGUCUUGAGCUACUUCUAGCCCUCAGGGCCAUUCCUUGCCCAUCUCUGUGUCAGAACUAACAUCUUGUGACUAAUAGAUAGAAACCUUCCUUCUGGAAUCGUUAACUUAGCAGACCACUCAUCUCCACCAACCCAAGAGCUGAGACAGCAUCUGGGGCCUAUAGAAAAGUUUCUCCCAUCUUGCUGUACCUGCCUCUCUGAUGUACCCAGCAAUGUUUAAAAACUUGCCUUGUUUUCUGACAUUUUUUAUUCUGUAAAACUUUAUGGAACUGCUCCCACAUCGGAACAUGUAAAUUGGGGUAACCUAUGUGUUCUCCGUCACUUAAAAUGGUUCAGAAUAAACUAUCUUCUUACUCCCUUUUAGAUG